UGCUAUGGAUCCCUGUCCCAACACAACCGCUUGAAGUGUGUGCGCGUGUGUGAGAGAAUUGGUACUGAGGUGUGUGUUUCAUAUAUUGAAAAUCUAUAGUUUUGCAGUUUUUUUCUCACAACCGAUACACCAGAAUGCCAGGCCUGGUUGAAGGCAGAUUGGCUCUUGUGACAGGUGGGAGUAGUGGCAUAGGCAGAGCAGCAUGUCAGGUGUUGGCCAGAGAAGGUGCCACGGUAGUUGUCACAUGUGUGGAUGACUAUGGAGCGAAGGCAACAAUGGAAACAUUACCAGGAGCCAGCCAUUCAUGGAUGAAGUUUGAUGUGACCGACAAAACACCUGUGUAUAUCCUAGAUAAAAUAUUCAUCGAAUACCGAAAAUACCCAGACAUUCUUGUCAACUGUGCAGGCAUUGUCAGAUUCACUCCGCCACUAGAAGAGACCCCAGAGACUUUCCAGAGCAUCAUUGAUGUCAAUCUAAAAGGGACAUUUUUCACAUGUCAGGAGUUUUGCAAGCGACUCGUCAGAAACAAAAUGGCCGGCUCUAUCGUAAACGUGGCCAGUAUGACGGGCCACCGCGGAUUCGAGGGUAUGAGUGCUUACGCGGCUAGCAAACUUGGGGUGGAAGGUGUCACGAGGUGCCUGGCCAGGGAUAUGGGUCGGUAUAACAUCCGAGUGAACGACGUGCAGCCAGGCAUGAUUGACACAGCGAUGUGCAAGGACUCUCCCCCUCACAUGGUCCAAGACUGGAUAGACCAUUGCGCCACCAAGAGGAAGGGACGGCCUGAGGAGGUUGCGGAAGUGAUAGUGUUUUUGGCCUCAGAUCGCGCGUCCUACGUCAACGGCGCCCACGUCCCUGUAAAUGGAGGCUUUUAACGUCUAGCUGUUAUUGCAAUAAAAU